UGUCAGUUAUUCAAGAAUCAAAAAUGGCGAUCCAAAAAACCCACAAAGGGAAAACAAAACCACGAUCCACAAAUCUAAUACUCACAGUUUCAAUUAUAGCCAUAACUUUACUAUACAUUGGUUCAAAUGGGUUUUCUUUUUCUACUUCAAUAAGCUCAAAAAACUCAGUAUAUUCUAAGAAUAGUAAAUUACAUAAUGGGCCACAUAAGUAUCUUUAUUGGGGUAAUAGAAUUGAUUGUCCUGGUAAACAUUGUAAUACUUGUGCUGGUUUGGGUCAUCAAGAAUCAAGUCUUAGGUGUGCUCUUGAAGAAGCUAUGUUUCUUAAUAGCAGAACAUUUGUUAUGCCUUCGAGGAUGUGUAUCAAUCCGAUCCACAAUAACAAAGGGAUUCUUCAUCGGCCCAGCAAUUCAACUUCUGAGGAAUGGUGGGCAGAUAGUUCGUGUGCUAUGGAUUCUUUAUAUGAUUUGGAUCUCAUCUCUGACACAGUACCUGUAAUUUUGGACAACUCUGAAAUGUGGCAUCACGUCCUGGCAACAAGCAUGAAGUUAGGUUCUAGAGGGGUGGCCCACGUUGAAGGAGUUAGCAAGACUGAUCUCAAAGAAAAAAGUUCGUACUCAAACAUUUUGCUUAUCAAUCGAACUGCAAGCCCACUUUCGUGGUUUGCAGAAUGCAAGGAUAGGAAAAAUCAUAGCUCCAUUCUUCUGCCAUAUUCAUUUCUUCCUUCAAUGGCUGCGGAAAAACUACGGCGUGCAGCAGAAGAAAUCAAGGUGUGGCUUGGUGAUUAUGAUGCUAUGCAUGUUCGAAGAGGUGAUGUUCUCAAGACGAGGAAGGACAGGUUUGGGGUUGAACGAAGUUUGCACCCUCAUUUGGACAGGGAUACACGUCCUGAGUUCAUUCUAUGCAGAAUAGCAAAAUGGGUCCCGCCUGGGCGAACCCUUUAUAUUGCUUCUAAUGAGAGGACACCAGGUUACUUUUCUCCUUUGGGUGUGAGGUACAAGCUGGCCUAUUCCUCAAAUUUUAGCAGCAUUUUGGAUCCAUUAAUCGAAAACAAUUACGAGCUCUUCAUGGUAGAAAGGCUUAUUAUGAUGGGAGCAAAAACAUUUAUCAACACAAUGAAACAGGAUGAUACUGAUCUCAGCCUCAGCGAUGACCCUAAAAAGAAUACCAAGAAAUGGGAAAUACCGGUUUAUACAAGAGACAACGAAGAAUGUUAGCUCUGAGAUGCUGGACCUGAUUCGUCUGAGCAUAUGCUCGUGACAUACUUUACUCCUUUCAAUCAGUUUUUGUUCUUCACUUGUAAAGCAAAAUCUUGUGGUUUUCUUUGUGAAUGUCACAGUUGUUUAGGUACUAGUUGAGAGAAUAGCCUGUAUCAACAUGUUGUAUAUUAUGAUAUGGGCUUCAAUUGGACAUGGUGUUUUGGUGAGGA